GAACACAAAUACUUUUCUCCAUUGCAUCAACUUUCCAAUUCUACCCCUCUUUCUUCCACCAUCUAAACUACCCAAUCUUCCACGUUUCUAGUUUCCAAACCCCCUCAUUCACUCCAAAUUUAUGCUGCACUUCUCUUACUACAAUACACACAUCUCUUCUUCCUUUCCUCAUUCCCAUCCUCUCCCUCUCAAAAUAUACAAAUUAUACAAUCAGUCAUUACACAAACACCCAUGGCGUCAGAUUUCCAGACAUAUUCUGCACUUUUCUGUUUUUUACUGCUUUCAUUUCACUCUGCAAAUUCGGAGUCGUUCAUCGGAGUAAAUUACGGGCAGGUGGCGGACAACCUGCCGCCGCCGGAGGCCACGGCGAAGCUCCUGCAGUCGACGAGCAUCGAGAAGGUCCGCCUGUACGGCGCCGACCCGGCGAUCAUCAAGGCGCUCGCCAACACCGGCAUCGGAAUAGUCAUCGGCGCCGCCAACGGCGACAUUCCGGCGCUGGCCUCCGACCCCAAUUUCGCCGGAAAUUGGGUCAAUUCCAACGUCCUGGCCUUCUAUCCCGCCAGCAAGAUCAUCGUCGUCACCGUCGGCAACGAGGUCGUCACCCUCACCGAUCAGACCCUAGCGGCGCAGCUCGUGCCGGCCAUGCAAAAUGUCCAAAAUGCCCUCAAUGCAGCAUCAUUGGGUGGGAAGAUCAAGGUGUCGACAGUCCAUUCGAUGGCGGUGCUAAGCGCGUCUGAGCCCCCGUCGGGAGGGGCUUUCGGAUACGGUGACACGAUGAAAGGAGUGCUACAAUUCCUCAGCACGAAUGGCGCGCCCUUGAUGAUCAAUCCUUACCCCUUCUUUGCGUACCGGGACGACCCCCGGCCCGAGACCAAGGCCUUCUGCUUGUUCCAACCAAAUGCUGGCCGACCCGACGCAAACACCGGCAUCAAGUACAUGAACAUGUGGGAUGCUCAGCUUGAUGCGAUUUACUCGGCCUUGAAGUCGGCGGGGUUCAAAGAUGUGGAGAUUGUGGUUGCCGAGACAGGUUGGCCUUAUAAAGGAGACUCCAAUGAAGUUGGUACUACUGUGGAAAACGCGAAAGCCUACAACGGGAACUUGAUAAACCACCUCAGGUCGAAGGUCGGGACACCCCUUAUGCCUGGAAAAUCCGUCGAUACCUACAUAUUUGCGCUCUAUGACGAGGAUUUGAAAUUCGGCCCUGCCUCGGAGCGCUCAUUCGGACUCUUCAAGCCCGACCUUUCAGCGACCUACGAUGUUGGCCUCGCUAAGAGCACACAGACUCCGGCCCCGACCUCUUCGACUCCGGCGCCGACCCCGGCAGCUCCGGCACCAACAACGACUCAGGCCCCGACAACUCCGGCGAAUCCGGCUCCGACGACGCCGGUGUCGACCCCGGUGAAUCCGGCUCCAACGACGCCGACGAUCAAUCCAGUACCGAGCCCAGUUAUAGCAGGAGUUCCGGCGACCGCGGCUUCAAGCAGACGGCAGCCGUCACCGCUAGUAAUCCUAGCUCUGGUUCUUGCGUCUACUCUUCUCGGAGUGCACGAACACAAACACGAACACAAAAUUAUUUAGGAGCUCGAUUGAGGUAAUUACUUCUAUUGUGGCAAAAUAGUACUUCUACGAAGUGUGUAUAUGUUAUUUGGGGGAUUGGAUACUCUAUCCAUGUAAUUGUUGAUGUUUUUUAUUAAUUUUUGUUUAUGUAGUAAAUUUAGUUUUGAUUUUA